CAGCUCUGUGAGGGUUGCAGCAGGCAGCAGAACUGCAGUGGCUGCUGCGUGCACAGUGGGGCUGGAGAGGCGAGGCAGGAGCACCGGCAUCAUGCUGGGCCAGAAGCCAAAGCUCAGCAAGCGCAUCCGUGAGCUGCGUGCCAGCAUAGCCUUGCAAGGGCAAGCAAGGAAGUUUUACAGCAAGUCAGAGGAAGGAAAGUUCAAUGAGAACCGAGAGCUGCUGCCCCAGCUGCGAGAGGCGGUGCAGGAGGAUAUCCAUGCCCUGGGCCUUGUCCGCAAGGUGGCCCAGGAGAAGCUCCGGGCUGAAGUCUAUGACAGGGUGAACAAAUGCAACAUGCUGCUGUACCAGAUGGAGCAGCGGAGCCGGGCCAAGGAGCAGCUGCAGAGGCGGCUGCAGCAGCUGCAGGAUGUCCGGGUGGCUGACAAGCAGCACCAGGUACAGGUCCCAGAGACCCUUCCUAGGGUGGCAGCACCCGUGGGGGGUUUCAGCCAGCCCUGCCCCCCUGGGUGGGCACUGGUCUCAGUCCAUGGGCUCACCCCUUGUCUCCAACCAUCUCUGCCCCAGGUGAUUCGUGUGCUGCAGAACAGCAUAGACAAGAUGCACACAAAAAUCCACGCUGGGCAGAAGGUGGCUGCCCUGUACGUGGUGGUGCGGGAUGCCCUGAGGAAGGAGCUGGCCCACCUGCCUCUGCACCUGGACCUCCUGAGUGAGAUGGCCGAGCUGCAGCAUGGGGAGGUGGAAGACAUGGAGCUCAUGGCCUUGGAUGGGCUCCGAGCUGCUCGUGUAACCAAGGAGCACAUGGCCAGGACGAAAACCCAGCUCCUUGCAGAGAGAGAGCUCAGGCUCCGCACCCUGGCUGCUCAGAAGGAGCCCAUGGACAGAAGCUGGCGCAAGGAAGCAGAAGAAAGGCUUCUGAAAGGGCAAGCCAGGCGUGACCUCACCAGGGACUUCCUGGGCCUGCCCGCAGAGGACCCACCGGUGGCCGCCGAGCCGGAGGCCCCCAAGUCCCAGCUGGAGCGUGAGGCCUGCGUGAUGGAGAAGCUGGAGAAGGCCAAGGCUGCGGUGCAGUGCUCCCGCCUCUGGGACAUCCCCAUCAGGAUCCUGGCACAGCAGAAGUCCCUGGCGGAACUCGAGCAGUACCUCGCAGGGCGCAAGGAGGAGAAGCAGGAGCUGCAGAAGGCACUGAAGGAGCUGGAGAUGCAGCUGGAGGAGCUCAAGUUUCGCCAGCCCCCAGCCACAACCAGGGGGCUGGAGGAGGAGCUGAGGACGAGGCUGCAGUGGGAAGAGGCUCGGCUGGAGCAGAGGCGAGCCCAGCUGCUGAGGAGCCAGGAGACGCUGCUGGAGUUUGAGAACGGAGUUGACAACCUCUUCGUCCGCCUGCGGGGCAUCCCCGUGCCUGGCCAGGAGCACUCUGGCAAGGCCAUGGGAGUGGACGAGAAGCUCCAGCAGUGCGAGCAGAAGCUGCAGUACCUGGUGCAGCGGGUGGCUGACCUGCCCCCCUCCAGCCUCAGCGAGGAUGAUGAGACUUUUGUGAAGGUCCGACAGCUCCUGGAGAAAACCCUCCUGAGCGAUCCACGGAACCAGAAGGUUCCCUUGGAGGACACGGGCAUGGGGGACCCAGGUAGGAAAGGGGACACAUCCCACAGCAACUGCCCCAGCCCCUGCCCCCUGGGAUUUCUGGGUGUCCUUGCCCACCUCCCACUGUCCCAGCAGAGCCCAACCCAGGAGCUGCUCCAGGCGUUGGGGCUGACCUCGGCUGUCUCCAGGCCUUUGAGCAUAGUGCUGCCAAUGGGCAGUGCCUGUCCUGAGGGCUCCCCACGGUGCCAGCAGCCCUCCCAAAUGUGCCGGCUCCUCCUGGGGACACAGGCACAGCAGAGGCAGCCCCACAGACCCUCCCCAGCCCGCUCCUCUCCGCUCUCUCCUCCAGACUACUUUGAUUUUGAUGACGACCACAGUGGCCUUGUCCUCACCAGAGAAGCCAUCAAGAGCCAAGGGCUGGAGCUGAUCGAAAGCAAGAGGCAAAGCAAGAAGCAAAGCAAGAGGAAGUAG